UAUGAUUCCGUCAACAAACACGUGUGAAAGAAUCUAGCAAGCUAGUUAGUCAAGCUAAAAAAGAACAGUGAGGUUUUGUGGAAAAAUAAUCAACAGGGUGAGUUUAAUAGUGUGUUAUGACUACAGAAAGGUCUUGCAAUCAUUUUUAACUAAGGUACGUUAAAAUAGUUUUGUAUUAUUUCUCGCGUAGAUUAAGAUGUUUGAUUAGAAGACUGGUCCUGUCGCAGUAACUGCUGUAUAUAGCUAGCUACUUUGCUACAACUAGAUAACUAGCUAGCUAGUUAAUGUUUAUAUCAAGUCAAAAACUUAACAUAUGGCAAUUUUGACAGUUAAGUCAGACAAUAUGCCAAUGGUGUUGUAAGUUGCUUGUAAACGUAAAGCAGCUUGCGGACAAUAGAAUACGAACGAUUUUGCAAUGAAUCACCCAUUUUAUUAUUCCAAUAGGUCAUAUAAAGAAGACUACCUAGCACCACAAUGGGGAAAUCCAAACAGAUCGGAAACCACAACAGUACCAGGAAGAAGAGUAUUGGCAAGACAUGGAAGACAAAGAAUUAUACGAAGCACUUGGACCAAAUCCAUGCAGACAUGAAGCCCUCAGCUGCGGCCAAGUUGCUCAAACAGGAGGUGGACUAUGAUGUCACUGGCAGUGCGCAGCACUACUGUUUACAUUGCGCGUAAGCACAUUUAUGCUCUUUGUAUCUAUCCAAAAGGUUCACUGAACAAAAAUGUACCAACUGGAAAGCCGUAAUUUUAUGUGCAUUUGUUUUGUUUGCAGACGAUAUUUUGUUGAUGUGAAAGCCCUGAAGGAGCACUUUAAAACCAAAGUGCACAAGAAAAGGUAAGAUCCCCACUGUUUUCUUUUGAAGCAGACAACUGUUCUUUGAAUAAAUGUGGAUACAGUACCUGUGACACACCUUCCUCCCCGCCCCCAGCACCCUAGUAUUAUAACCUUGUAGCUGGGCAUGUUGAUGAUGUUUUGAUGACUGAGCAGCUGCAUUUCUUCUCUCUCCCACACUCUGUUCAGGAUUAAGCUGUUGAAGGAGGAACCCUACACUCAGGCAGAAGCAGAUAGAGCUGCAGGUAUGGGUUCUUACAUACCUCACAAAACCGUAGAGGUGAAAACACAAGAGGUGGAAGAGAAGAUGGACUGAGUGUGGACUGCCGUUCUUUGACCAUUACUUUCACCCAGGUUCAAGAACACCUUGCUUUUUGGUUACUUUGAUCAAUGGACAUUGCUUUGCAUAAAUGCAUUACACAUAUAAAUGUAUAUGCACCUGUAAAUAUGUAAUGUCUGUGGAGCAAAAUGUGAACUUGUUGACACAAACAAUAAUAAACUAAAAGGAAAUGGAGUGAUAGACUGGAUGCCAGUCCGUUUCUAUUUUAGGCAGGUUUUUAAUUUGUCAUGCUUGCAGCAGGUUAGAAAACAAUGUAUGUCUAGUGACAAUGCAAUAUGAUACAGUUUGUAUUCAAUGCCUGUGCAACCCGUAAAACAUUAAAUAUAGCACAGAAUUUAGAAUCAACUAUUUAAUAUGUGAUAGAGCAACUCAAUACACUGAUUGAGAUUGUAACUUGAGCUCAAAUGCAACUGUAAAGCAGUUUGUGCUCCUAUAAUUCACUGUUACCCUUAAUUCUAAUUAUAGUACCAUUCCGUCACAUUAGUGUUUAGGAAGUAUUUUUGUUAACUCGAAUUUUACAAUGUGUUGUCAUGUAUCUUUCAAUUUAUUGAGCAGUUAUGUUUGUUUAUAUUAUUGGCACCAAUGUCAGAAAUGGAUGUAUUUGUAGCAGCAAGAAGUCACAGAUGUUUUGGGACGAGCACAUCCAAUAGGGAAAUCUGUUUUAACAUAAAUUCAUAUAAUUA